CCUCACUCUCACUUUCAUUCUCACUCUCCACUUACAGCAAAUGCAAAUCAGAGAACCCUAAAAGAAUUAUCUGCAGAAAUUCCCAAAAUUUUCCACAUUUACAUUCUUUCCCCAAAUGCAAGACUUCAUCGGCUCAGUCCGCCGAUCUCUCGUCUUCAAACCGUUAACCGGAGGAGACUCCCCAGAUAAUAACGGCACAAUUGCUAAUGGGUUCAACGGUUUUGUGGAAAAGAUCGGAUCUAGUAUUCGGAAAUCUAGAAUUGGGAUUUUUUCCAAGCCCCAGGUUCCUUCCCUCCCGCCUAUUGCUAAAUCCGAGCCGGUGAAAGUGAGGAAAGAUGAGAGUAAGCCGCAGAUUCGGUGGCGGAAAGGGGAAUUGAUUGGGUGUGGUGCUUUUGGUAGGGUUUAUAUGGGAAUGAAUAUUGAUUCGGGAGAGUUACUUGCUGUAAAAGAGGUUUCCAUUGCUGCAAACAGUGCUUCAAAAGAGAGAACUCAAGUUCACAUUAGAGAACUUGAAGAAGAAGUGAAUGUGCUCAAAAAUCUUUCUCACCCAAAUAUUGUGAGAUACUUGGGAACUGCUAGAGAGCAAGAAUCUUUGAAUAUAUUGCUGGAGUUUGUUCCAGGUGGUUCAAUCUCGUCCCUUUUGGGAAAAUUUGGAUCUUUUCCAGAAUCUGUUAUUAGAAUGUACACAAAACAACUAUUGUUAGGGUUGGAGUACCUCCACAAGAAUAAUAUCAUGCACAGGGACAUCAAGGGUGCAAACAUUCUUGUCGACAAUAAGGGAUGCAUCAAACUUGCAGACUUUGGGGCAUCCAAGAAAGUUGUUGAAUUGGCUACAAUGACUGGUGCUAAGUCAAUGAAGGGCACCCCCUAUUGGAUGGCUCCUGAAGUCAUUCUGCAGACAGGGCAUACCUUCUCUGCUGAUAUAUGGAGUGUUGGAUGUACUGUUAUUGAGAUGGCAACUGGAAAACCUCCUUGGAGCCAGCAGUAUCAAGAGGUUGCCGCUCUCUUCCAUAUAGGAACAACUAAAUCUCAUCCACCCAUCCCUGAGCAGCUUUCAGCUGAAGCAAAAGACUUUUUGCUUAAAUGUUUACACAAGGAGCCGAAUCUAAGGCCAAGUGCAUCAGAUUUGCUAAAGCAUCCAUUUGUAACUGGAGAGUAUGAAGGAACUCAUCCCGUUUUCCGCCAUUCAAUUAUGCUGGACAACUCUGGGAAUUGGAUUGCUGCAACAAGGAUGGACAUUACCAAGUCAACAAAAUUUGAUCCCUGGGUGAGUUCUAACGGUUUGAAAGAUGCUUGCACAAUGAGUAGUGUAAGGUGCUCAACCAUGUAUCCUGAGAAAUUUUCUGGACAAGGAUCCGUUUGGAAGUCAGGCAACUUUGAUGAUGACAUGUGUCAAUUAGAUGAUAAAGAUGACCUUCUGAUGGUUGGCUCAUCAAUGAAGUCAUACAAUUCAGAGUUUCAUUCCAAAGAUUUUAACAAGAGUUUUAAUCCAAUUUGUGAACCUGAGGACGAUUGGCCAUGCAAGUUUGAUGAAAGUCCAGAGUUGGAGAGGCACAGGACAAGCUUGCUCGCAAGUCAAGCUAUUCAAUAUCCUGGGAAUAACGUUGAACUUUCCAGCAAGAAGGAUGGUGGCUUCACAUUUCCAGUUGGGCAACUGGUAGCAGAUGAUGAGGAUGAAGUAACUGAAUCAAAAAUUCGGGCAUUCCUGGACGAAAAGGCUUUAGAACUGAAGAAGCUGCAAAGUCCUUUGUAUGAAGAGUUCUAUAAUUCCUUGAAUGCUGCCAGCCCAGUGAGUCCUGUUGCUACUGAGAACAAGGAAAAGGUGUCAGAUAAUUUGAACCUGCCUCCUAAGAGCAGGUCACCUAAUAGGUUGCCUAGCAGACGGCUUUCUGCUGUUGUUGACAAUACCAAUAGUUGUAGCCCUGGAAGUUGUUCCAAGCGCUCAUCAAAUAUUGGUGGCUUAAAUCAUCAAGUUUCUCAUGAUGCUCAGUCUUCUCAGCUUAGGGAAUUUAAAGGUCUCCUUUUUGAUUCUCAGAGGGAGCCACCCAGUCCAAGUGCAAGUUUCUCAGAGAGACAGAGAAAAUGGAAAGAGGAGCUUGAUGAGGAGCUUAAAAGAAAACGAGAAAUAAUGCGUCAGGCAGGUGUAGUGAAGACGUCGUCUCCCAAGGAUCGUAUUGUGCACCGCUUCAAGGAUCAGUUAAGAUAUGCAUCUCCCGGAACAUAAAUAGAUGUGUACUCACUCACUGGUGCCUAGAUUCAAAGGCGAUCUGUGUAGAUUUAAUGAACCGAAAGGAGAACAGUUUUUGGGCUUCUACAAAGACGAGAGAGGAUCUAUUGCUGAGAACCGAUGAAGCGCUUGCAGAAAAAUGUCAUCUGCUGUGCAUUUGCUCCUCUUAAGAUGAAAACUCUUUCUGAUUAAUUAAGUGGCAGGGUGGUGGGCAUUUUCCCAUGUAAGCAAGCGCGCAAUUGCCGAUUUCUGCGUGCAAUUCAUGUGAUCCGCCUAUUGUAUGGUACGAGUAAUCUGUAUCUGCUUAUUCUAUAUAUUAAAAGUCCCUCAAAAGGAUUGUGUGUAUGUCCUUGCGGAAUAUGAUAAUAUACGACAGAGAGUAGUAGUAUAUGAUGAGCUUAUUAACAUGUAAAUGUAUUGUUCAUCAUUCAGAAUCCAGGAGUGUAUCUUUCUUACCCUGCUUCUUCCAGAGGGUAGUAUAUGAUGAGCUUAUUAGGUGUUUUAUAUAAAAGUUGUGAUUGGUUGAAGAGUCUAUUUAUAAAGAGAAUAUUGCUCCUCCAUUUUCCAUUUUGGUGGUACAUUAUGAAUUAUCCUUUGCCAUUUUUAUUGAAUUCGAA